GUUGCAUCUUACUUCCGGCCUGUGCGUUCCACACACAGGAAGUGUGUUUCUAUCGACUGCUGCAGCCUUCGCGUGUCCAUGUAGAUCAGACCACUGAGUGUUUACUAGACGUCACAUGAGGAUGAGAUGCAUCACUGAUUCCUUGAGGAUGGAGAACAACAGCAGUCACAUGACUGAGAGGAUACUAAAUCUCACCCUAGAGAUCAUCUACCUGCUGACUGGGGAGGGUUAUACAGUAGUAAAGAAGGCAUCCAGUGAAUGUGAGACACCCACUGGAUGUCCCCGUGUGUCUGGAGGACUGAGCAGGACCCAGAGCCCCAUGAUGGUGCCUCCACCUCACUCACUGAUACAUGAGAGUCACAAUGACCAGAAGAUCCUGGAACUCACCAACAAGAUCAUUCAGCCACUGACUGGAGAGGAGGGGGAGUAUAUAGAGGAACACAGGGGUCUGUACAAGGACGUGAUGAUGGAGAAUCACCGGCCCCUCACAUCACUGGAUGGGCCCAGUAACAGAGAUACCCCAGAGAGAUGUCCCCAUCCUCUGUAUUCCCAGGACUGUACAAAGGAGAAUCACAGGAUCCCACAGGAGGAUCAGGGUGAAGAUCUUACAAAUAUAAAGGGAGUAGAGACAUAUGUGACUGAUAUGAAUGCAGAAGAUAUAGAGGGAGAAGAAGAGACGUAUGUGACUGAUAUGAAGGCAGAAGAUAUAGAGGGAGAAGAAGAGACGUAUGUGACUGAUAUGAAUGCAGAAGAUAUAGAGGGAGAAGAAGAGACGUAUGUGACUGGUAUGAAGGCAGAAGAUACAGAGGGAGAAGAAGAGACGUAUGUGACUGAUAUGAAGGCAGAAGAUAUAGAGGGAGAAGAAGAGACGUAUGUGACUGAUAUGAAGGCAGAACAUAUAGAGGGAGAAGAAGAGACGUAUGUGACUGAUAUGAAUGCAGAAGAUAUAGAGGGAGAAGAAGAGACGUAUGUGACUGAUAUGAAUGCAGAAGAUAUAGAGGGAGAAGAAGAGACGUAUGUGACUGGUAUGAAGGCAGAAGAUACAGAGGGAGAAGAAGAGACGUAUGUGACUGAUAUGAAGGCAGAAGAUAUAGAGGGAGAAGAAGAGACGUAUUUGACUGAUAUGAAGGCAGAAGAUAUAGAGGGAGAGGAAGAGACGUAUGUGACUGAUAUGAAGGCAGAAGAUACAGAGGGAGAAGAAGAGACGUAUGUGACUGAUAUGAAAGCAGAAGAUAUAGAGGGAGAAGAAGGGACGUAUGUGACUGAUAUGAAGGCAGAAGAUACAGAGGGAGAAGAAGAGACGUAUGUGACUGAUAUGAUGGCAGAAGAUAUAGAGGGAGAAGAAGAGACGUAUGUGACUGAUAUGAAGGCAGAAGAUAUAGAGGGAGAAGAAGAGACGUAUGUGAGGGGUGAUCAGCAGCGUAAGGAGGACGAAAUCCCUACACAUAUCGGCACAGCAGAUGGCAGCACAAGCAGUAAUGCCUUGGAGGGAGAUCUCAUCUUGUCUGCCGAUACUGACAUAGAAGAUAACAUCACACAGGAUUCUCCUGGAGACAGCCCCGUUAUCCUAAAUAUACAUCCAGAACCUCUCAGCGCAGAUAUAUCAUCUGAUCCCCCUAACUGCGAGGACUGUUCUCCUGAUGCCUCAGAUUUUGUUACACUUAGUGCAGCUCAUACACCUGAUAAAAUAUUUCCCUGUUCUGAGUGUGGGAAAUGUUUCACAAAGAAAUCAAAUCUUGUUACACAUGUGAGAAGUCACACAGGUGAGAGGCCAUUUACAUGCUCUGAGUGUGGGAAAUGUUUUACACAGAAAUCAAAUCUUGUUACACAUAUGAGAAGUCACACAGGUGAGAAACCAUUUCCAUGCUCUGAGUGUGGGAAAUGUUUCGCACAGAGAGUAAGUUUAGAUGUACAUCAGAGAUUUCACACAGGUGAGAAACGAUUUCCAUGCUCGGAGUGUGGAAAAUGUUUUACAAAUAAAUACGAUCUUGUAAAACAUCAGAGACUCCAUACUGCUGACAGACUAUAUACGUGUUCUGAGUGUGGGAAAUGUUUCACACGGAAAGCAACUUUAGUUAUAUACCAGAGAUGUCACACAGGUGAGAAACCAUUUCCAUGCUCUGAGUGUGUGAAAUGUUUUAAAAGUAAAUCAGCUCUUGUUAUACAUCAGAGAAGUCACACAGGUGAGAGGCCAUUUCCAUGUCCUGAGUGUUGGAAAUGUUUUGCACACAAAACAAAUCUUUUAAAACAUCAGCUUUCACACAGUAGAAAAGCAUUUCUAUGAGCUGAUACAAAACAGGCUUGUAGCACAGCUUCUGUCACACAGUUUUUGAACAAUGUAAGUUAACCGUCUGCAGACAACUGGAAUGGAUGUCAUAUAAGACUGGAGUAGAUCACUCGGGUGAAACUAAAGCUGAGUACACACUAAACAAUGUGCACCCAGCCCAACAUCACUGCUGCCGGGACCCUGCAUGUGGCAAGUGCAUACAGCAGGGCCAACGGGGGAUGUCACUAGUGACCUGUGGGAGAGCAUAUCAUGGGUACACACUAGACUAUUAUUCUGUUAGAUAUUGGCCCCACUCUCCACAGUAAUAACAGAUCACAAUGUUGUUUUGUAGCGUCUACAUUUUGUGCAUUUCAGUCUAACAUGUAAAAAGAUAAAACGCAUUAUAAUUUUUAAAAACAGAUUUUAUUAUGGAAACUCGUGUAAAAUCCAACUGUUUUGUUGCAUUGGAAUGGUGGAUAAAUGGUGACUCACAAACCACAAAGUAGUUCUCGAUGGGUAGAAACAAAUGAAAGAUGCAGCAGACAAGGAGUGUGGUUUGUAUAGUGCAAUAUGUCGUGGAUUGGGAAGCCCUUUCUCCACGUCACACAUAUAUACACAUUUCCCUCCACUGCUAAAUAUAGAAACGGGUAAUGUAGGGUGACUGAGGUGGAGAACGGACUUUCCAGGUCUUUCAUUACAGACAGUUCUAGCUGCAAAUCUUACAUUAAAUAAACAAUUUCUAUCUCCUAUGCCGAGAUGCAUCAUAUUAUAUUGCAGAGAUCUUACUUCACUCCUAGAUUAUAAUGUCUUAUAGGUGAUGCACCUACUUCUAGCUGCUAUAAAUGUGACACCAUACACAGAUAUUGUACACUGCUUGUGGACUCGGCCCACAAGUACAAGUAUUAUGGAUGGAACGCCAAAAUUAUAUUACCAAUAUACUGAUAAUUGAAUUUGUUGAUGAAACGUGGACCUUCUGGGGUAUUUACUCCAAGACAAAUUCAUGUAAAUUAACCAAAGGUAACGGAACACGGCUUGUAAAAUUGCCAGCCGGCACUAAGAAGACUGUAUUGUCUCAAUGGAUCUCUCCUGAUCCUAUCUCUCUAACCUUAUACCCCAGAUUUUAUUCCUUGUUUCUUAUGGACUGGACUGAUGUAUCCCAGCAAAAAGAAAAAUGGUGGCAAAAUUCUAUAUAUGGCUUCCUUAUGUUCACACUUUCCACUUUUCAUAGAAGGACUGAGAAAAUGUUUCCAAUCUACCUCAGUAUAACCUAGAGGUACUUACCUCUGGUGUAGCAGUGUAAUGUAUGUAUGAGAUAUAGUCCAUGCUUCUUUGCCUUGUCCUUAUUACUAUGUUUUAUAUGUAAGAACAAGACCAGUCUUGUUGCAUCUUUUUGAAUUGCCCAAUGUUAUGAUACUGGGGAUACUUUAAAUGUAUGUAUCUUUUCUCUUACGUCCUAGAAGAUGCUAGGGUCCACAUUAGUACCAUGGGGUAUAGACUGGUCCACCAGGAGCAAUUGACACUUUAAGAGUUUGAGAGUGUGACCUGGCUCCUCCCUCUAUGAUCCUCCUACCAGACUCACUUUAGAAAAAGUGCCCGGAGGAGCCGA